UGACCAUGCCUCCACAUUCCCCAGUGAACCGGCCGCACGUCUGCCUGUCCACGGCCCUCAUUGUCUGCAGCAUGGCUCUACUUGACGCCUACCUGGUCGAACAGAACCAGGGCCCCCGCAAGAUCGGCGUCUGCAUCGUGGUUCUGGUCGGGGACCUCUGCUUCCUCAUCGUGCUGCGCUACGUCGCCGUGUGGGUCGGCGCCGAGGUGCGGACCGCCAAACGGGGUUAUGCCAUGGUGCUGUGGUUCGUCUACGUCUUCGUGCUGGAGAUCAAGGUGUACUUUGUGUACCAGAACUAUAAGGCCCGGUCGGCUAGUGGUAGCAGCAGCAGUUGGACUAGCAUCUUUCUAACGGACGCGUUGGGUCGCAAAGCUCUGACGCUCCUGCUGUCCGUCUGCUUGCCGUGCCUCUACGUCGCCCUGGCGGCCGUGGACCACAUGGAGUACGUGCGCCCGGCCCGAAAGCGCGAGGAGGUCCGCGGGCGCCUCUUCUGGGUCGCCGUGGAUCUCUUAGACGUCCUGGACGUCCAGGCGAACCUGUGGGAGCCGCAGAGACUCCGGGGGGGUCUCCCGGUCUGGGUGGAAGGGGUGACGUUCUUCUACUGCUACAUCCUGCUGCUGGUCUUGCCGUGCGUCUCGCUCAGCGAGAUCAGCAUGCAAGGGGUUAACAUCACGCCACACAAGAUGCUGCUCUACCCCAUCCUCAGCUUGGCCACGGUCAACGUGGUGACGCUGCUGAUACGCGGAGGCAACGUGUUCCUGUUCAGGGACUCGCGCGUCUCAGGGGUGCUGGUGGGAAAGAACGUGGUGGCCAUCGUGCUCAAGACGUGCAGUCUCGUGCAGUAUCGCAGGCACAUGCUGCAGGGCACCCUGACAUCAGCCACCGCGGCAACCACAACAACAACAACAACAACAACAACAUCAAGGACUAACACUGGCACUUCCACAACAGCUCCACCAGGGGGCAGUGUUGCUGGUCGUGGUACUGUUGGUAACAUGUCUCCUAUGUUGGUCAAUGAGUUACUACCACCCAAGAGCCAUAACAGCUUAGUGGUGACGCACACUACCGGUGUACCCAAUGCCGCCGCCACUACUAUGGGCGGCAUGGGUGUACCUGUGACUCUUAGCGUAGCUGUGCCCCCCAUGUCUGUGCCGAUGCCCAUUCAAAUGCCCAUACAAAUGCCCAUGCCGAUUCCAGUUCCAAUGCCCAUGCCAAUGCCUGUGGUUCCGAUGGUGGUGCCAAUGGCGGAUAUGCCAUUGCCAAUGCGCCCCCACCUUCCUUCGCAGGUGGUGAUACAGGAGCUGAGUACUGUUCCGGAGGUGAGCGAGGGAGAGGAGACGUGA